AAUAAGUAUGCUUAAACCUUGAUGUUUCACUGAUACCCUUUGGCUAUACAAAUCAAUUAGCUUUCAAUAGACCUCCUAUGGUUCAGUAGAGAUUGUGUAUUACAAAAAGGGAACUAACUUACAAAUGCGACUGGCCACUCGGUGAGUCAAAUCUUUAAUAAUCUCAUGUCAAGCUAUUAUCUCUUUUUUAAAGUUAUUUAGCUCUAAAAUGAAGAGAAAACUUACUUUAUCCGUACUCCCGCCCCGUACGUACCUGCGAUGUCGUUCGUCAGUGAUCGAAAUAAUUCGACGAAUGAGUACUGGCUCUUGACGUUCACCUUGUUACUGAUCACGUUGCAAUUCGCCAUGAAGGUUGAAAUCUGUGCUAUAAAAGGUCGGCAAAGCCUUUGGGGGCAUUUAAUUCUCUAUAAUAUUAACACUGCGUUCGCUAGUAUAAAUCAUGUUCUUACUAGAGAAGGCAAGACCUGCCAAACAAUUAAAAAUACUUAUUUCUGACCGCAUGUUACACAUCAGCGUUGAGAAACUGGGUAAUCUGACAAAGCACGCUUUUUUUUUUUAUUAAGUUGUUACCCAUGAAUGGUUAUAGCAGACCCACUAAUCUCUGAAAAGUAAUCAUUAAUAUUACAGUAAAAAUCAGGCAAUUUUAUUAUGAUACGCGCGUUGAAUCAUGACAGGAACCACGUUACAUAGGUCCUGGCUACAUACAGUUUUGUUUGUCCUUGAGUAUACCUGAAUUUCUACCUAGUCAAAAUUAGCUUGCCUAAAAUCUAGCUUAAACUGCAUUGCAGGUCUUACGGCCUUUUAAGGCUUUAGUGAAAUCGAGUCCUCAACUCCUUCCCCAAACACUGUUGAAUUGCGCACACUUUGCACAGACUUUAUACCCUGGUGACAUCACUGCUUUUACCAGCAUUGUUAAAGGAGGGGGGCAGGCUCAGUGUAUUUGCCUGAAUUGGCAAAAAGUGGUCUUUUGUAGUAGGUUUGAAUAUAGGAUAUGUUUUGAAUAACCUUCCCAAGGAGUUGAAACCUCCAUUGUAACAUAUAUGAUUGUUUAGUUUGUUCCGUUCUCCCUGUCUAGAUUUUUACCGAUCAUCUUCAAAUGGUAAUAUCAAGCCUCACUAAACUCAAGGGUUUCUCUUAUAUAGAUCGUGGUGCGUUAAUAUCCACUCCUUACUUUCAGCUCUGCUGACAAUAUAUUAUUUCUCACUCUAUCAAUGACAUAAAUCUAUCUUUCUCGGUACGUAACCUUUGGCUACGACUAAGAAUUGUUCUGAUGAAGAUACAUUGCGGUUUAUCUUCCUAUUUAUUAUUACCCACGGAUUCACCCGAGUUUUCUUGGUGCAUAGAAAAGUAACUUUUUGGCAUUGUCUGGCAAGUUUUAUGGCAUACUCACACUUUUCUUUGUUACACAGAUUGCCACUCUUACUUAUUUCAAGAGACGAUUUUCAAGGACUGAAAAAUCUUUAAAUCAACGAUGAACAUUAGCCAAAUAAACUCAACGCUGGAAGUAAAUUCAAGUCAGAAUAACAUUGCUACACCUUUCUACAAUUUUGUGCCUGAGCCACAGUCUUCAAGGACAAUUAGGUACGUAAUAUACUGCAUAGUUUUUAUAUUCGCCAUUGUCGGGAACGCCACCGUCUGCAUCAUUCCAUUCCGUCACAGACGCAUGCGCACGUGUACCUAUUUUUUAAUCACAAACCUGGCUGUCUCUGAUAUUGGAACAAUGCUGUGUUUACCCUAUAUACUUGUCAUGGAAUGGCAAAAGGAGUGGAGCAUGGGAUCUGUUAUGUGCAAGCUUGUCAACCCCAGCUUGACAAUGUUCUACCUGGUCACCACCAACACUUUGGUUGCAAUUGCAGUUCAUCGGUUUGUGGUUGUAGUUUUUCCGUUCAAGUCUAAACCCGGAAAGAGUAGAGUAGCAUUGAUCAUCUUGCUUAUAUGGCUGAUAGCGUUUCUCUGCGUGUUACCUUCAUUUGGUGCCAGACAACUUGUAUUCAAUGGAGUGAAGGACAACGGUAAAACAAGUUACACAUGCGACGAAAUAUUCCCUGGAAAGACGACAGAGGAUCAUGAGUUCUUCAGAAAUAUGUACACCAUAUUCCAAUAUGUCAUCAACAUCUUCUUGCCCAUUGUGAUCAUAGUUAUAUUGUAUAUUGUAAUUGCUUACAAACUUCGACAGAUGUCAUCAGCGCUUGGUUUUCGAAAGGACAGAAGAGACAGUCAAGGGUCUACAUCAUACCACAGUGUGGCAUCCAGAAAGAAAAGCAUAGACGACUUUUCUUUACGGAAAAGAAAUGAGCUCGAGAGAAAGUUUUUGCGGAUGCUCGCCGUUGUUGUCAUAGUUUUCGUUCUUUGUUAUGUGCCUUACACGACUUUCUACCUUGUUGUGUCAUACUAUCCGAUGGCAAUGACCUGGAAGUAUUUAGGAAUCCUCUACCACUACAUAUACCUGCUUAUGUGGUUUCCAAAUGCGUUAAAUCCGAUUUGCUAUGGUGCUUUAGAUGACCACUAUGCCUCUAUAGUAAGGUCCCUCUGUUGUGUACGGAAUAGAGCUCAACGAUUUGCCAGCCGGCUUGCAAGCAAUGGGGUCAACUCAUUGGGAGGACGGUCCAACAGACCAGGAAAUUUGUUCAGCCGUUCCAACCAAACUUUGCCCCCCAUAAAAGAGAAAUCAAGAACACAAACCUCUAAUAGAACUAUCGAGGAGCAUAAAAAUGGAAACGGAAAAAAUUGGAAAACGUGCUGCAGCUAGUGUGCAUGAUAAAACAUGUAUAUCAAAAGAAGGCGGUAUUCUUGCCUAGGAGAACGAAUUGUUAUCUAGUUAAGUGGUCACGGCAUUCAAACUCUCAUUCCUCUCUGUAGACCUAGAAACCAGGUUGAACGUUCGUAGCUGUUAUCAGUAGAGAGAACCACUUAAUCCAACAUAAAAACUGUCUGGAGCGCGGGAAAAUUAAACGCGAGUGACCAAGUCGCGAUUGGUUUGGUUUUGAUUGGUUGAGAAAGUGACGGGAGUUUGUUUGGACCAAUCAAAACCAUUGCAAUAGAAGCUUAGUUCCGACACUCAAUCGAAAUCGCUCCAAUACCAAUUGGACUGGUGAUUACUACCGUUAGUAGAACCAUUAGAACAGUGAUCAAAGAAAAAAAAACAUAAGGAAUCAUUACAUCACAGUUCUGGGCUAGAGAGCCGUAAAACGGCCAAAACAUUUAGCCGUUAGGCCUAAAAGUUGACAAAAUGUAACCGUUGGUCUUAAAAAAAAAUGAUAAUAACCUAAAAAACAAAAAACAAACGAAAGAAAGAUAGUAACCGUUAGCCUUGACCUAAAUUUUAGCCGUUAGCCUUAAAGGCCGUCAUCUCAUUGAGACCCUCUUUAAUCUAAGGUUCUUUGAGACAGAUGGAAAUAGACUCAAGGUUGAAGAUGAAUUUCAAUUAGGUGCAAUAGGCUCAAAUCUUUGGGGAAAUUUUAAUUAAGUUGGUGUUUAGCAAAGAGAGCAUCGAAGUGGCUUGGAAGGGCCCAUUACAUAUUGAGAAUUAGAAUUUCACUUUACUAACGGCUUAUUGGUUAAAUGAUAUGUGCACUGGGCCUGGACUUUUUAUGCCACACGGCACGAAUUGCAGAGAGGUUCUGGAGUUCUUUGAACUUUUUAGCCGUUUCUAGAAUCGUCCUUGAUUAAUAUUUAACAUGUUUAUGAUAUGUACGUCUUUAUAGUUGGAUGUGAAAAAAAAUGUGUUUGUACGCGUCAAAAUCGUUGAUGUAACAUUUUUUAAUGAAUUUUGGGUACAUGUAUACGUAGAUGCAAGGAGAAUAUAAACCAUUUUACUUCUGAUAAAUUAUAUUAAAUAAACAAAUUGUAAACAUGCGGGUUCGUUUACUGCUGUACUGAACUGAGAGAAAUGAUAUUUAAAGUGGU